AUUACAAACAUAUUAUAGUUUAGUUAUGAAAAAAACUGAGGAGGACAGAGGUAUUGUGUAUAGUAACCGCGUGCGUGUUGGUAAUUGGUACGAAGCCACCAAACUAGAAGAGUACAAGCUUAAUAUAUUUCUCGAACAAAUGAAAAAAGGCGACCUCAUGCUAGCACGGUUUCGUAAAAUGACGGAGAAUCUUAACAAGCCGACUGUGUUGACACAAUCGUCUGGAAGCAUUGCUUUCGGGGCUAGGAUAUCAUUACUCGCUCCCCACGUACCCGCGUCAGACCCACCAGUGGAAGGGAAAAACGGACUGCUUCUUGGUGGUAGAAUCUCAUCCAAUGACAUCAUUCGCUCUCAGGUGUUAAUUGAUGGUUGCUCUCUUGUUGGAAUGCCAGAUCUGAAGCCGGUUGAAAGUAGUACCUUUGUAAUUACUAGCGCAGAUUACUGUAAUAGAGAAGGCGAACCUUUGAAAUACAAUCAAGAGUUUUUAUUGGCAUUAUCUUCGUCUCUCGAUAAAAAGCCUCUAUAUAUACGGUAUGAUCCAAAUCCGAUACCGGGCCUUUGUAGUUUGUUUCCCUUGUACCUGAGUGAACAUUUUGUGUCGAACACACGUUGGCGAGUGUUGCCGAUACAGAGUCCAACAAUCACCCGAUUUGAACUGGAAGGGAAACCAAUCACAGUAAACGAGGAUGUAGUAGUAAAUCAUUGUGCGACAAAUGUCAACCUUGGCAUUAAUGUAGGUUGCUGGGCGAUGGGAUUUUAUGGAAAGAUCUGUGCACCUAUCAUGAAGACAUGCCUUGAUGUGUAUGGUCGAGAGCUUCCAAAUAAUGUAUGGCAAAUUUAUACGCCCAUAGCUAAUUAGGAACAUUCAUUGACUGUAGUUUAGA